UCUACAUCGCCUUCCACCACUUCACAUUCAAUCCACACAGAGAAACAAUUUCUCUCUUCAUCCCACUCCCCCCAAACAAUGGACUACAAUUCCGCAGACUUGACCUCCGUCCUCAGAACACUCUCCGCCUUAUCCAACCAGCAACAACAACCACCACCACCACCACCGCCUGCUAUUGCUACCAUCCAGAACAACGCCACUCAAUCCCACAAACUGGAACAACAAGCAGCAGCAGCAGCAAAAGAAGAACAAGAAAACGACCCCUACGAACCAUCCGAGUCUCUCCCCCACAUCUCCGUAGCCCCGACCCCCGCCCCAGCACCAACAGCACCAACAGCACCAUCAACCCCAUCGCAAACCCAAUCCCACCACCCCAACACAGCGUCAUCACAACCUUCCCAUGGAAAUAGAACCACCGAAGACACAUCCACCAUCACCACUUGGCCCACAGCCCUCCGCUAUGUCAUGCGUACCGUGGCCCAAAACGAAUCCAUCCAGCAACGAAUUCGCUGGCUAAUGCAGCGCCAAUACGACCAUGAGAAACAAUGGUGGCAGGGCCGCGAAGCCCUCCUCAGAAAACAAGCCUCCCGAAUCGAGAAGAAAAAGGAGCUUGAUGCUGUCCUACGCUCCGUCGGCGCACCAGUCGACGAGAACAAGCAAAUCUCUGUAUGUACUCAACGCACAACCCACUCAUACACACAUAUAUCUACAAAGCGAUCAAGAGAGAGGGGGGAGGCAAUUACGGUGAUGGAUCACAGACAAAAACCAAAACUAACCACUUCAUCCAUGUCAAAUUAACAGACAGCCGAGGAAGACCGCGCCGAACUAACCAACUACGACGCUAAAGUAUACAAAGCCUCCAAGCAGAUGUCGGAGGCUAUGGGGGCCGAGCUACGCGCAUU